AGUGUUGUCAACACACAUAGAGGGAAACACGGGCGAAGAGAGUCGAGAGGAGCUGAAGUCAGUGCAUCUGCUCCUGAACUCCUCUGUCCCAUCAUGGCUCUGUCAGGAUAUCAAUCACCGGAUGAUGCUUUGCACGGCUCUUGGGUGGAGCUGGAGGGUCUGGUGGCUUCUGCAGGUCAAACAGAAGCACAGGACACCACAGCCUCCUUCCUGCAGGGGGAGCUGGAGAGGAUUCUGCUGGAAGCUCAGCUGGAGUGUGAGAGGAGUAGUCAAACAGAAAGUCCUCCGCAGGUCGUGACCCCGAGAACAUCUGGAUCUCCCAAACCAGCCAGUGAGGGCAGCAGCAGCACAGAUUGUGUGACUAUACAGUCGGAUGAGAAUGACAGGCGAGUGAGUGCUGAAUGGGUGUGGGAUUGGUCCAGUCGGCCAGAAAACCUCCCGCCCAAGGAGUUUGUGUUUCAUCACCCAAAGCAGUCUGGCUCUCUGAGCGUGAGGAAGACUGAGGUGAUGAAGAGGGGUUUGUUUUCUUCAGAUGUGCUCCUCAUCCUCCUGCCCUCUCUGCUCGCCUCACAUGCUUUGACGCUGGGUCUGGGAAUAUACAUAGGGAAACGGCUGGCAUCCUCCUCCACCAGCACACUGUGACAUGUGACAUUUGGCAGCUCACCGAUUGGCUGAGGCCGCUGCCAUUAGCACUGCUGCCCAAUCACGCCUCUCUUCUCCUCCUGUGAUGGGCAACAGCCUCUUCUGCCUCUGUCUGUGUUUGUCCUGUUUCACCACAAGACUCUCUUUCUCUGUCUACAUGUAUUUAAAGGGGUUAUAGCUAUCACGAGGAAUCAAAUUGUCCUUGAUAUUUUUAGAUAAAAGAGCCUGAUGUUCCAUGAAAGUAUACGUUUCAGAAUGAUAUACAUUUCAGAACUCAAAACGUUCUUACCAAAAGGAGUAUUUAUUGAAAAUAUGCUAUAACGACUUAUUCUGAACUCCUCUGAAGACGUAAAUUUAAGAUUUAUGUAUUUGAAUUGCACAUAAAGUUAUCAUUCGUUUGCAUUAGUUUUUAACUUAAUGCAAUGUGUAUUUUUUAGUCAAACAUGAAUUGAAACCAGCAAGAUUUCUAUAAUUGUACUAAACUGAAUGCGUUAAAUACACAAUAACCAGUUUUAUAUAUUUAUCAUCAAUAAAUCCGAUUUGUUUCAAUC